AUGGCACCUGCAAUGCUACCAGACGACCUGGUCGGCGCCUUGCAGCGGUAUAAAGAGGACACAAACUCCGUCGCUGCUUGGCUUGCGUCAACGGCAAAACACUGUGGCUACAAGUCACAGACGGCUGAGCCCAACGACAAGGACGCUCAGCAGAAGCCGUCCGGUCGUCUCAAGGGAAACGCACGCAAGGAGGCAAAAGGGCAGGCUACUGAUAGUAAGAAUGGAACCGGACAAAAGUAUACCGUCGCUCUGGAUGACUAUGUCCCUAUGGCCAAAUGCAUCGCUGCACAUCGCAAGGCUACCAUCAAGGUACCUACUUCGUUCGUAAGCACCAUAAACCGAGUCAUCCACCUUAGAUCUUCGUUUAGAGCACGAAUGGUAAAGCAGGGAGUUGAUAUCGAUGAAAAUGCCAACAAAAACCAUCUUUACUUCGUCAGUGUACUGGAAACUGUUCGAGACGUUCUACGCCCCAACAUGAUGAAAGCGGACAAACAAAAAUCACCUCAGCCAAUGAAGCCAAGCAAUCUUACCCAAGGAUUCAGCCUGCUUACGGUCCAUGAGCCGUCGCAGGAGUUCUUGGAUGCUCCGGACAUCGAGCGCCCUAAACAGAGGGCUGGGGAUAGCACGACGUAUGAGGCAGAAGAGCAAACCUCGCUCGACGAUGCUUUGGCCGUAUGGCAUCUGUUGAUUUUGGAUGCCGGCAAAAUCCGAAACCAAAUCGCAUGGGUUUAG